ACGAAGCCUCUUUUCUCUCUAAACGGUGAUCUAUGUGUUAGUGUUCGCGCUUUCGCUUGGAAAUGGAGAGUCUUGCGAGCGCCAUCCCCAAGCUGAACUCAGGUUGUCUCAGGCAGCAGCCGUUUCGUCGUUUGAGCACACGCGUCUCCACUAACCGUUUAGAUAAAAUCAAUACCGCGUAAAAAAAUAUAUUGUAUCAGACCUCAACACAUCUGCUCUGAUUGCACAUCUCUCAUCAAAUCUAAAAAUGGACUCCCAUCAAUACACCUCAAUCACACCUUCAACGCCCCUCUUGGGUCCCGUAACCAAGCCGACUUCCCCGCCCAUCCAAAUUGACCCCACAGCCCCGGGAAUCAUCAUCCGCAUCUCCCUAGCCAUCGAAGCCGUCGUCAAGAUCACCAUCGCCUUCCUCUUUGCCUUCUUCCCCAAUCUCAUCUUCGACCCCGCAGUGAUCGACUCCUCGAACCUCGUCCCAUCCACCAUCGCGCUGAGCCAAUGGAUUGGGGUGAUCCUUUUAGCAUCAACAAUCCGACACCUCUUCGUUAUCUCGAACACUCGCUCUGCGCUAGACAGCGGCCGACAGGUCUACUGGGGGAUGCUCAUCGGAGAAGCCUUGCUGGCUUCUAUGUUCUUGUACCAGGCUUUGCAGAAGGCAACAUUUGAGUGGUCCGGCCGAGGUGGAUACAGAAGUCUGUGCGUGGCGGCCGUAUAUUGAAAGCGGUAUAGUUUCAGACGUAGUUCCAACUCUAGCAUUA